AUGGCUGUGAAGCUAUUCUGGCGUCGUUAUCGGUGUCCUGUCCUCAAGAUAAGGAAAUUAAGCCAGACCAGUUGUAUUUCCUUCCUGGUCUGGCAUAUUAUUAUUAUAUCGGGUGGACUCCCAGCAUCUAAAGUUGCUCCUGAAAGUAUCUCAAGACACAUGAAGGGUUAUGCUUUUGACCCUUCGGCUACAGUUUUAGAAACAUCAGGGCACGAAUUUUUCUCAGCGUUAGGAAGAAUCUAA